AUGGCAUCGUCGCAUCAGUAUCGUACUUCGUACUUUGACACCAACGAGCAGAUCCGACGUCAACAGCGCACGCGCUCCAGUGAGGGUACCGUCAGCACCACUAUGAGCUCGUCGACGGGCCGCGAGUCGGCAGCGACUCACGUCACAGAAGCGCCCACCUUUUCCAAGAAGAUUGUUGUCGUCGGUGAUGGUGGUUGCGGCAAGACCUGCUUGCUCAUUAGCUACAGCCAAGGUUACUUCCCAGAGAAAUAUGUGCCUACUGUUUUUGAGAACUACAUCACCUAUCCUAUCCACUCAGCCACCGGUAAGACUGUGGAACUUGCAUUGUGGGAUACAGCCGGCCAAGAGGAAUAUGACCGUCUCCGACCGCUCUCAUACCCUGAGACCGACUUGAUCUUUGUAUGCUUUGCUAUCGACUGUCCGAACUCGCUAGACAACGUCCUCGAUAAGUGGUACCCCGAGGUUCUACACUUCUGCCCAUACACUCCUCUUGUUCUUGUGGGUCUCAAGUCAGAUCUUCGCUACAAGAAGACUUGCAUUGAUAUGCUCAAGACGCAAGGUCUUACUCCAGUCACCACGGAGCAAGGUAUGACCGUUGCCAAGAAGAUGAACGCGCAGUACAUGGAGUGCAGUAGCAAGGAAAUGUCAGGCGUCGACGAGAUUUUUGAGCAGGCUAUCAACACUGUCGUCGCUAACGACCGGAAAACCAUCGAGGCGGCAGCAGCCUCGGGUUCUUCCAAGGAGAGCAAGUCAUCAACACCUGGGGUGGGACAGAUUAAGAGGAAGAAGAGAAGGUGUCCAAUCCUCUAA